AUGUACGGCGCGUCGACGGAGGCCUUGUCGUACACCUGGGGCCGCGAAUGCUGCGAAGACACGUUCGCGACCUUGAGACGCGUCGGGUCCAAUGAGGUUGAAAAGCAGCGUAAUGACUGUCAACACGAGCUCAGCAUUUUUCCUCAGGUCUUUUCAGUUUCUUUUUCGAUCUUCAUUCAGCUCCCGAGAUGCCCGUCUGCCACUUGCUCAACCGCGGUGCUACUCGUCGAGGAAAUAGUCCAUUGCCAUCAAGCACAGCCAACACAGUCAAGAGCCUCAAAGUCCAUGCCGUCUCCAAGUUCCCUCGCCGUCCACACCCAACAGCCCCAGGCCACUCAUGGUAUUCUCAACAAGUCUCAGCCUCGCCUCGGCCAAGCAAUCAUCCCUGUUUCAUGGCAGCUAGACUCAACAAACGGCGCCUCUGUCAACCACAGCCAUUAG